CGUGGUGAAGCAUCCGUGCGCGUAUGCCUGUGUGCAUCGCGCGUGCGACAGCUUGCGGUAGUAGUGAGUGGUGCUGAAAAUGGCCGUAUACGUGCACAGCUCCGCCGAGUUUACUGAUCUUCGUCGCAGGAGAUAGUCCUCGGAUAGUCGCGGCGCACGAUCAAUCGUUCGUUCGCCCGCUCGCUCGCUCACGCGCGUGCAAGUAGUGUGCGUCGUACGUUCUCGAUGAACGAGCCUGCGCAACGAGACGCUUCGUCGACCCGAUAGCGGCUACAUUCCGGCGGAUCUUGCAGCGAGGGCGGGGGAAGAAGAAACGGUGUCGUAUCCAGAACCUCGGCCAGCACCGCGCUUACGAACGUCGUACGGAGCAGAAUUUGAUUCAGUAUUCGCUCAGUAUUCGUGAUACAAUCGUUGGAGAUUAUCAGCGAUGGGUCGCACUCUUCUCAUCUAUAUCUGCAACGAUUCGGAUACGACGAUAACUGUGACUUAGAACCCCACAAAGAUGCGGGAGAGAUGUGGCACGAUCCCUUGGUAUCCAGCAGGGAUCUAAAAAAGAAAAAUAUUGGAAUAAUGUGAACUUUGCGUAAAGUGACGCAGGAAGGGGACACAUUGUUUUAAACACGUUACAGAGAGUGCUGAAUGAUAAUAGUUAUUGAGUCCUUCGCGAGCUCAUUGAGUGAAGUUUAUAUUUUACUAUAAAUUUAAUACACCAUUGUUAUAUAAUCGCUGUGCUUUGUAUAGUAGACGGUGGUAUUGUUGGGGGUGUACUCAGUGUGUUCAAAUGUAAUAGAAGCCUGGCUUGAGUGUACUUGCGAGUAUUUCGAAAUAUAACCGCCAAAAUGUCGUUCUUAUCAAAUCUAAAGAAGGCCUUCCACUUUGGUGGUAAUGACGCGAAAAAAAAGAAAUUAUAUAACAACAUUAAAAUGGACUGCAAUCCGGAAGAAUUUUGGGAAAUGGUGGGUGAACUAGGAGACGGUGCGUUUGGCAAAGUUUACAAGGCACAGCACAAGCAGUCCAAUCAGCUUGCUGCGGCCAAAAUGUGUGCCUUAGAGGGAGAGGAUGACCUAAGCGACUUUAUGAUUGAGAUAGAUAUCUUAUCGGAAUGCAAGCAUCCUAAUAUUGUCGAAUUACAUGAAGCGUAUUUUAUUGAAGGAAAAUUGUGGAUGUUGAUCGAAUAUUGCGAUGGCGGUGCUGUGGACUCUAUAAUGGUUGAGUUGGAAAAAGCACUGACAGAAACGCAGAUCGCGUAUAUCUGUCAGCACAUGACGAAGGGUCUCGCCUUCUUGCACAAGUCCAAAGUCAUACACAGGGAUUUAAAGGCAGGAAAUGUUUUGCUGACUAUGGCGGGAGGUGUUAAAAUAGCUGAUUUCGGAGUAUCUGCAAAGAACAAACAUACUUUGCAAAAACACGAUACAUUUAUUGGCACUCCUUAUUGGAUGGCACCCGAGGUUGUGUUGUGCGAAACAUUCAGAGACAAUCCUUAUGAUUUUAAGGUGGAUAUCUGGUCUCUUGGUAUAACUCUAAUAGAGUUUGCACAAAUGGAACCACCGAACCACGAAAUGUCGCCGAUGCGAGUGCUACUUAAAAUACAGAAAAGCGAUCCUCCGAAACUAGAUCAGCCGGGAAAAUGGAGUAAGGAAUUUAAUGAUUUUAUUGCUAAAGCACUUAUAAAGGACCCGAGCUCACGACCUACAGCUGACGAUUUGUUAAAACAUCCGUUUAUAAGCCGAAAUUUAGAUCCAAAACCUGUCAGAGAUUUGUUGCUUGAAUAUAAAGCGGAUGUUGUCGAAGAGGAAUUAGUGGACGAGGAGGCGGAGAAGGCGAAAAAAACGAAAAAACACAGAGAACAAUAUCAGCGAAUUGGCUGUGCAUGCGGUUCUCCUGGCCCUCGCCAGCCUCAUUACCCCAAUGCGUGCCAGGAGCAACGCACAUCUCAGCUUCCACUGGAGCUGGAUCAAAUCGUAGAUGACUCCGCAUCUACGCGCACUGAUGCCGAUGUUAAGAUUGCUGAUAAAGAAAAUCUCGUGGCAUUACCUGCAUUUGUGAAGAAGGAGGAAAGUCACAAACGCGAGAUCAAUCGGGACGGUGAGAAAGAGGAUAAGAAUAAGAGAUUACGUAAGGCCGAGUCCAAAGAAAAUAUACAACAACCUAUCGAGAAGAAACAGGCACCUAAACCACCGCCAAGCGAAACAAGUGAGCGUAGAUUAUCUCGAGAUAAAGGGCCAGCGCCUCCACCACCACCUAUGCGUCAAGAUAGUAAAAACGAGGAGAAAGAGAAUGGCUUGAAGGACCUCGAGAAAGUGAACAUCGUGAAUCUAGCGGACAAACAGAAAUCUACUGAAGAUAAUAAAUCGCAGCAAGUUAGCAAAUUGCCACACAACGAAAAGAUGGCAGAUCAGCAAGCGACAAACAUUAAGGAGCAAAGAAAUUCGGAGGUAGAAGAUCAAAACGAUUUUAUGGAGAGUUCUGAAAAGGUGAAAAAAUUGGAGAGCGAAGACAGAGGCAAACUGCUUGACAAUAUUAAGCGAUUCGAGAAUCAACAAAAAUUAAUGAACAACAAAUCGAGUCCUUCGAAGAAACAAUUAGGCAUAAAUGAAAAGCGCAAAUCGGCACCCGUUAAGCCAGAAAUGAUCGAGGAUUUGUCGAAGAUAAUAUAUAAUAAACAAUUAUCUUUGCAAGAUAAGGAUGAAACCGAAAACAAACUGUCAUCCGUUGACGAUGUAACGAAUUACAACUUACAAUCGCGAGAGAAGGAAGACUAUAAGAGUUUAGAGGAGAAACGAAAGUCCGUCGGGGAAAAACUGAACGCCGUAUUGGAGAAGCGAUUGUCUAUGGACUCCAAGAAAAUGACGACCAACACCUCGAUGGAAACACUGAAGCACAUAUCGGUCGCGUCGACGUUCCUAUCGGAGAAGAACAGCGUUAAAGCAAGCUCAACAGAGGAUAUCAAAACGCAAUUCGGCGUAACAAAGACUGAGGGUCCCGCGAAGAGCCGCAGCGCGGGAUCGUCCAGAAACGAUUCUCUGGAGAGCUUCUCGGACGAACUGCACACGAAAACGGACAGCAGGAAAUGGUCGAGCACGGAACAAGAGGAUGCGGUAAGCUCGGAUGACAAGAGCUCGGAGAAACAGGAUUCCGGAAUUAACGUGUCAGUAAUCACAUCGACGCCGAUCAGAAGCAGAAACGGCUCGAGAAGAAGCAGCGGGGAAAACAUAGUCGUUAUUACAGGGAAAACUCAACCUGAGCAGGAAGUACGCUUAAAUACAUCGACCGUCCACAUUACUGCCGACUCGCCAGACUUGUCGAAUAGUCUAGCGAGUAAUAUCAGCCAGAUAACGGUUGUAACGACGCAUCCGCCUGUGCUCGUGGAUGCCACUUCGGCGACGACUGCAACAACGCCUCUUCCACGGCGCACUUCACCGACGUCGGAGGUCGUUAUAGUCGCCAACGAGAUGAACAAAACUCAAGUGAACGAUAAUUCAACCGACGACGAUGGAUUUCCUAGUCUGGAUAGUCUGGAGUACACGCCGCAGGAGCAACCAAUCAUACUCACCGAUGUGUCCAAGAGAAUUGGCAAGAAGUUGGAUGAAUCGGAGGUCGUUAUAGUGAGCCCCAUCGUGGACGAACUCCAGGAUACCAGCCAUGUCUCCGUGGUCACGGUCGGUGACGACAAGGAACAGGUGAAGGACUCGUCAAUAUCCAAGAAGCAUAACGUCAUUCGCACUGGUUCUUCUCACAGUGAUCUAAGCUUGAACGAAAGAUCGAGUCUGAAAAGCGACAGCGGCGAUGAGAGCGGCAAGGUGAUAGUCGCCAGCACGACUGUCGAGUCGCCGGACGUGGACGAGUACGAUAGAGGUGCGAAGAAGAUGAACGGCUUGAUCAAAAACGAAAUACCGCAUCACACCGAGGACAGGAUCAUAAAAGCGGUCAAGCCGAAGGAGAUUAACGUCAAGGGUCUCAAGGAGAAGCGAGUUUCUCCGGACAGCUUCGAGGGUUCCAGGUCUCAGAGCGACUCCAGUUCCAUCAGAUCGCACACACCGAGCAAGAGCAUCGACCGCUCUGAUGCUGAGUCCAUUUCCACUACGAUCAGUCAAGACAGCAGAGAAUCGAACAAGGAAAAUCGCUUGAACCAAGCUCAGCAGACGGAAGCCGACGAGGAGGUAGUUCUGCGCCGUAAACCUGACUAUAAUCGUGAGGUGUCUUCUAGACCGACCAGGACGAAGGAGGACAUACAGAUGAUGAAUUUGAAGAAGAAGACGCGAAAGCGCACGAGGAAGUUUGAGAUCGACGGUGUCGUGGUGACGACAACAACGUCGAAAGUAAUCUACGGCGACGACGAGAACGGCAAGGUAUACGACGACCAGAUAUUCCGAAAGCAAGAGCUUCGGGAACUAAAGAUGCUACAGAAGAUGGAGCAGAAGCAGUUCCAAGAUCUCUCGCAGAAGGCCCAAUUCAACAAGGACCAGCAAGAGAAACGGUUCGAACAGGAACGGCAGAUCUUAGAGCGUAGCACGGAGUCCGAUCUGGAUGCGCUCGUGAGACAGCAGAGACAACAGAUCGAACGUACGGAGGCGCAGCAAGAAGUCGAUCUGAGACUGGCGUCCAAAAAGAUCCGCAGCGAGCAGGAGAGGGAGCUGAAGCAAUUCCGCGAGGGCUUGAAGCAAGAGCUGCGACUGCUCAAGCAAGAAAUCGACUUGAUGCCAAAGGACAAGAGGAAGAGCGCUUUUAAGAUACGGAAGGAAAAGCUCGAGACCGAGCACGAGGACAGAGAGAAACUCUUUCUCGAGAAGCUCAACGAGAGCCACGAAAUGUCGCUGCGGAGACUCUCUGACGGUUACCGAGAGAAGAUUGCGCUGAUGGAGCGGCAGUUUUUGCAGCAGAAGCAGCAACUGAUGCGCGCCCGAGAAGCCGCCAUCUGGGAGCAGGAGGAACGACAGAUACACGAAAAGCAGCAGCUGCUCAAGCGGCAGCUCAAGGACAUAUUCUUCCUGCAGCGGCAUCAGAUGCUGAUACGUCACGAGAAGGAACUGGAGCAGAUGAAGCGGAUGAAUCAGCGGAAGGAGGAGGAGCUGAUCAAGCGGCAGACGGUGGAGCGUCGGAACUUGCCCAAGAGGAUCCGCAAUGAGAUGAAGGCGCGCGAAAUGAUGUUCCGCGAGUCCAUGAGGAUCUCUAUGUCAUCCGUGCUAGUGCCCGACCCCGAUGCCGAGCGCGAGAAGCUGAAGAAAUUCCAGGAGAACGAGAAGAAGAGGUAUCGGGCGGAGCAGCAAAGAUUCGAACUGAAGCAUUCCAGGCAAUUGGAGGAGGUAAGAGCGCAGAGCGAUGCUACAAUCAAGGAGCUGGAGCAACUGCAGAAUGAGAAGAGGAAGAUGCUGAUGGAAUACGAGACGCUGAAACUGAAGGAGCAGGAGGAGGCCUAUGGUAAAGAUCUUCGCGAAUGGAAGGCGCAACUUAAACCCCGUAAGCAGAAAAUAGAAGCUGAUCUGGCGGCUGAAAAGGAAGCAUUGGAAACACGCUACCGAGACUAUUUGCCUACUUCUUCUUCUGGUCUUAGUGGUCUCUUUCUUCCCUUUUAUGAAUACUCACAAUUCGCCGUGAUUUCCAACCACUCUCGGAAGAGAUCUCCACGCUUACCACGCUCCACUCCCAACUCCCCGUCGUUCACCAUACCUAGAGUGUCGUUACGGAUUACCGGUUCCGAUCCCUCGGGCUUCACGAACGGCAUGCUUUCGCGCAGCCACUCCAAGCCGGACUUAGUACCACCUGCCCGUAGAUAGUACCCGUCUAUCUAAAUGUGCCUUUGAUAUGUUUUGUUUGUUCAUGUAUUUGUUGUUGAUGUAUCGUCCCUAGACAGGAGUAGGAUGGAGGAAUGUUUCAAACGCGUAUAUGUGUAAUUAUGAAACUGUACAUAUAGUCAGACCUGGCCUGGGUUUCAGCUCAAUACACGCAAUUACAUGUGGAUAUACAUAUGUAUACACAUAUAUUUCUUGUCGUGAUUUGUAUUAGCAAAAAGAAAUUUCUCUGGAGCCGUUCCUCAGUCCAGCGCGGUGUAUGCUGAAUUUCAAGACAGCUCGAAUGCACUUCUUUUGAAUGCAGCUCGGAACGCAUUGCUGACGGCGCCUAAUGGGGCAACUUUUUUUUUGCGAAACUUCUCAAAAGUCAAGUUCUCUCACUGAACAUUUGUUGCGUUCGAAAAGAAAAAGGAUGAACUGUUUUGAAAGUCAGCGUCUUUCCGCCCGCACGGAAUGUCUGAAUUUAGUGCAAUUUAUUUCAACACCAAACGACCGUAUAAAUUCGUGUUGUUUUGUAAACAUAUGUAUAUAACAUUUUUUCUUGCUUAUGUAGCACACUUUCCGAAUCAUAUGCAACUACAUAACUAACGGAAACUUCCUUGCUUUGCUCUCACUCUGUACGCUGUUUUAACGGUAGUACAAUAGCGCUUUGAUUUCUGCUUAUGUCGCUAUUCGAAUAUAAUAUGUAUUUUGUAUUCGUCCACAGAGAAAGGGGGAGAAUCGUUGAUUUGGGAAGCUGAUAAAUAGUUAUAGCAUUUAUGUAAAAUCUACAUGUAGGACAUGCACAAUUGAAAUAGAAUCAUGUUGCGCGACGUAAUGGCAGAUUGAUCGAUUGUCCUUAUCCAACAAUGAGGAAAAGACAGAUAAGAUUCUCGUUAUCUGUUAAUCUACGAUAGAUCUAUAAAAAAGAUUUCGUUUGUUGUAGAUAAAUAUGUAUAUUAUGUCUCAAUUUUAUCUCGCUUUCAUAAACUGUAAUAUUGUGCUGCUAAUUUGAAAGGAAAUCCGAUGAUAAGAGGAGGAAAGUGCGAUUCAUUGAUUUCUAUUACAUAUUAAUGUAGAAUUAGGUAUUAAGAUUUUUGAGGUAGAUUAUUUAUUAGAACAAAAACGAGAUGUAACAUGCCGAAAGUGGCAGAUGUAAUAGUGUAAUCCGUAGUGUAUGUAUCCUUAUGUUUAUGUUGGAACACAGAUUCAAGUGUUGUAUGGUUUCGUCUGCAUAUAUUUCGAUAUAAUCACCGUGUCGUAAGUCAUGUCGCUUAAUUACGAGCUUAAACAGUUAAUUUACGGAAAUAACAGGAUAAGUGUUGCGGUUACCAUGGGCUAUGUGUGCUACAGUUAGUGGAAGUAACGUGUAAUGAGCGGUUUCCUUGAAGAGGGUUCCGUAUGGUUGUUUAAUAAUAGCAUAUAUUAUACACACACACACACAAAGAAAGAAAGCGGGAGACAUACACAGACAGACAUACAUAUAUAAUAUUCUAGUUUAUAUUACAAUCCUUGCAAAUGUAACCCUCCACAAAAGAAACCCCCGUGAUAGAAUUAUAAAGAGAUUCCACAAAUUGGAUUUCAAAGCUGUGCACAGAGUAGUCACAAGAAACUUGAGGAACAGUUCGCGUUACAAUUGGAAGAACAAGAGGCGAUCUACGGACCCAGCGCGAUACCGUUGUGCUUGCCGGCCGAUCUUCCGGACUUAACACACAAUACGACUGAGUCUACACGUAGCUCGUUGUCUUCUGUGAGCGAAGGCUGAUAAGAACGCCGACCUCGUCGAGAAUGUGGAUGCGAAUGUGUAUAAUUUGUACAACUUAGCCGAAAGUUGGAAUCGUCCUGUGACGCGCGGGCGAGUAGUCGAUACUUUUUCGCGAUUACGGCUUAUGUAUGUAUAUAUUGCAAGAGAAUUUGUUGCUCCGGAAUUACAUUUCGACCUAGACGCGGCCUUGAAAUUUUUACACACGUCAAUUUGUCAUCGAGGGUCUUGCUUUCCUGAUCUUUCUGAAUCCAUAUUUAAAAAUACGUUGCAGAAUUGUGAAAAAUUUCGUAACGUGCAGCAUAAAUUUGGAUUUAACAUGUUCGUUCUGCCAGGGUUUAUUUGCGAAACAUACCCUCCGCAUACAUUUCUGUUUUUUAUGUAAUUGUAUAAAGCAGACUUAGUUCAUUUAUGUUCACAUAAAAAGAAAAAUUAUCGUUGUUCAACAUACGUGUGAUACUGAUCUCUCACGAGAAAUCGACACGUUACACGUAUCACGAUAG